GCGCAUGUUCCCCACUGUACGCGUCAGCUUCUCCGGUCCAUUGCGUCAAAUACAACCUGCCGAUCGUUAUGCUGUGCUACUCGAUAUCAUACCAAUGGACUCGAAACGUUAUCGCUAUGCGUAUCAUCGUUCGGCUUGGCUAGUCGCCGGUAAGGCUGAUCCCGCACCGCCAGCUCGUCUCUAUGCGCAUCCGGAUAGUCCAUUCAGCUGUGAAGCGUUGCGCAAACAGGUUAUCUCCUUUGAGAAGGUGAAACUAACUAAUAAUGAAAUGGAUAAGAAUGGACAGAUUGUUUUGAAUUCUAUGCAUCGUUACCAGCCGCGAAUCCAUUUGGUUCGCCUCAGCCAUGGCCAAAGCAUACCCACAAAUCCCAAAGAACUGCAGGAACUGGACCACAAGACGUACGUUUUUCCCGAGACCGUCUUCACCGCCGUCACCGCAUACCAAAAUCAGCUAAUAACCAAACUGAAAAUCGACUCGAAUCCCUUCGCCAAAGGUUUUCGCGAUUCGUCACGUCUCACCGACUUCGAUCGCGAUCCCAUGGAGGCAUUGUUGCUCGAACAGCAACUUCGCUCACCGCUACGCCUCUUCCCUGACCCGCUGAUGCAACAAUUCGCCGCGCAGCAAGGCGUCGAUCCCACCUCGAUGGCCAUUUUCGAGAAGGCGCGUCAACAUCUGCAAAUGUUUGGCGGCAAUUCGCCGUACGCACAGCUAAUGAUGCCACAAAUGUAUGCACAGCAGGCGCCACCACCACCCGGCCUCGGCGCAUUCCACAUGUUCCAGCAGCAAUGGCCACAACUGACGGCCGGAUUUUUGGCCAGCGCCAAUCAGCAAGCGGCCGCCGCACAAGCUGUCGCUGUUCAGGCGCAAGCCCAGGCACAAGCGCAAGCUCAAGCGCAGGCGGCUGCAGCAGCAGCAGCAGCGGCGGCGGCUGCAGCCAAUCGUACACCACCACCUCCACCAACAGCAUCGACACCAUCGUCAACGUCGUCGGGCGGUUCGCCAUCGCCCGAUAUGCGACCGCGGCAAUUUCAACGUUUCAGCCCAUACCAAGUGCCGCAGCAGCAGCAGCAACAGACGUUGACGGCGCCACCGCAGACGCGUAGCCCACACAAUUAAGCGGAGGU